UACAACUUGAACGAAGGAUGGAUUCAGAAGCCACCAAGCCAAGAAAGAAGAAAAUUUAUCUACACUUAUUAGGGUUUCUUCUCUAAGCAUAUGAUGAAACUUGAGCAACUAAAUUUGGGAGACAACCCUGUUGCCAAAAGCCAUGAAAAUGGAAAAGCUAAACGAUCUUGGCUGCGUUGUCUCGGCAAAGCUAGAAGCAGAAAGCACAACAAGACUUCUACAAAAGCUAGUUCUUCAUCUUCGUCAUCAUCAUCUUUUUCACAAAAGAAAAACGAUUUUUAUGAAAUGGAAGUGCCAAAGGGAAAUGAGUCAUUGGAGGAAAGAGUAGCUUGGCUGCAGUCUCAGAUAGUUGGAGGUGAUGCUGAAUUUGAUUCUCCUUUCGGAAAACGAAGACUCACCAACGCCGAUCACGUUGCGUCUGGUCGAUCUCUUCGAUAUAUUGAAGAUUAUAUCAUCAACAAUGUUCUUCCAUUCAAUGGCAACACUCACAGCCGGGACAGCUAUGCGGGACAACGAACAACCAAAAUGCUACAAGAAGCAUCUCGUUACACAAAAAAAUGCUUAGGAGGGGGAAGAGAAGAUGCAAUAUUAUUUUGCGGGUCAGGCGCGACGGCCGCCAUUAAAAAGCUUCAAGAGGUUAUAGGCAUUGCAGUGACACCGAUCAUGAGAGAAAGGCUCAUAAAAUGCCUAAGUGAUAAAGAAAGAUGGGUGGUUUUUAUAGGGCCUCAUGAGCACCACUCAAAUAUUCUUUCAUGGCGGCAGAGUUUGGCUCAAGUUGUGGAGAUUGGUGUUGAUGAUGAUGGAUUGAUUAAUAUGGAAGAGCUGAAGCUACAACUUGAGUUAUAUAAAAAUUCCAAUCGACCCAUUUUAUGUUCUUUCUCUGCUUGCAGUAAUGUCACAGGCAUUUGUUCGGAUACAAGAUCGAUUGCUAGACUUCUUCAUCAAUAUGGAGGCUUUGCAUGCUUUGACUUCGCUACAAGUGGUCCUUAUGUGGAGAUAGACAUGAGAUCAGGGGAGAUUGAUGGCUAUGAUGCUGUUUUCCUGAGUGGCCAUAAAUUUCUUGGAGGUCCAGGAUCCCCUGGCAUCCUUCUGAUGAGCAAAGCCCUUUAUCAGUUGAGUUCUUAUCCUCCAUCAACUUGUGGAGGUGGAACUGUUAAUUAUGUCAAUGGCUUCAAUGAAAAGGACACUAUAUAUUUGGAAGAUAUAGAAGGAAGAGAAAAUGCUGGAACUCCUCCAUUUAUUCAAACCGUUAGAGCAGCAUUAGCCUUUUGGGUAAAAGAAUACAUUGGCUAUGAGUUGUAUCAGGCACAAGAAGACAUUUACCUCCAAAGAGCCCUAGAGAGGCUUCUCCCAAAUCAAAACAUAAAGGUUUUAGGAAAUACAAGUGCCAAAAGACAAGUUAUUUCCUUCUUAAUAUAUUCCACUUUAUCUUCCCAAGAAGAGGAAAUGAAAAACAAGAGAGGUAAGCCUCUUCAUGGAUCUUUUGUUGCAACUCUCUUAAAUGACUUGUUUGGCAUCCAAGCUCGCGGCGGGUGUGAUUGCGCCAGUCCUUAUGGUCAUAUUCUGCUUAAUUUCGACAAAACUGAAUCACUUAAAAUUCAUUCCAUCAUACAAAAGGGUUACGUCGGACUCAAACCAGGAUGGACGAGAAUUAGCUUCCCUUUCUACAUGUCGAACGAGGAAUUUGAGUUCAUUCUAGCUGCAUUGGAGUUUAUAGCUUUAUAUGGUCAAAGAUUUCUUCCAUUAUAUCGUUUCAAUUUGAAAUCUGGUAACUGGUGCUUCGAUGAGGCACAUAAGAACUUGAUAAUUGGCAAGGGAAACAAAAACAAAACUCAUUUCAAGCCACUGGCUAAGGCCAUUCAAGAAAUUGGGAUGCCUAAAGAGUAUUUACAUAGUGCUGAUGUCAAACAUCUUGGAAUGAUUUAUACUUAUUCAUCUUAUUUUGAUGCUGCUAAAAAAGUUGCUAGUCUUCUUCCCAAGUUCCCUCCUCAGCAAAGUUUACCGGAAGACAUAGAUCCUGAUAUCUUGUUCUUUAGAGUCUAACCACCUCAAUAUGUUAACGUGAUGAGACCAUUCGAUUAAACCUUGUUUUAUAUAUAUAUAUAUAGUAAGUGUUAAUUUUUUCCUUCA